AUGGCCGAGCCUGACCAGGGGGGAGAAGCACCAUUGUUGCAUGCAGGCCUUGAGGUGUUCAGCCAGGUGCUACAGCAGACAGCGACUCUAGGUGAACUGGGUUGCGCGCUUGGUUGGCUGCUUGCGAGGAUUUCAACAUGUACAGACUUUGAGUUCGAUAAGAUGGUCAUCAGAACAGUGUAUGAACGCUGCUGCAGGCCACAGAUCGCUUCAUCUCGAGGGGCGAUCUUUCCAUUGCCCUUGGGCGCGCUUGACGCCUGUGAGGACGCUUUGAGAACAGCCUCAUUGGCAGAUGUUGUGACACCACACUUCGUGGAACGCUGGCAAGCAGAUGCCUGGCAGUUUUGCGUUGGGGUGGGACUCAACGCCAUUGGUGGUAAACUCCAGCCGCAGGCGAGGGGCUCGACGAACAAGUUGCAAGCCCGUGCCGCGGCCGCCUCACGUGCGGCUGUGGAGCGAUUCCUUGGUUUAGGAGGUCGCUCUUCACGAAGCCCAGACGAGAUCCGAGGUGAUGCAGACUUUCAAAAGGGUCAAGACCUUCACAAUCUUGUCGAGGACGUGUGGGCUCGCACUGGGCUGGUGUCCUCGGCCAAGAAGAGAGUGAGUGGUAACAUCGGUACGGUUCCUAUAUUGGUCAUUUCCUUGUUCAACGGUAUUGGGGGCUGCUUUCGAGUUUACGACGUCUUGGACAUUCGGCCUCUCGGGAUGAUUGCGGUGGAGCUUCACAAGCCUGCCAUCCGCAUCGUAGAACGAAGAUGGCCGCAGUCCAAAACCGUGCCGGAUGUCCGGCUGGUUGACGCCGCUCUUGUCAAGCAGUGGCACUUGGAAUAUCCGAUGACAGAGGAGGCGAAUGGGCAUCGCACCAGGGUUCAGAGCACCUUUAAGGAGCCAAAACGCCGCGGGAUAGUCUUGAAGGAUUCAUUGGUCAAGCCAAAGACACUCCAACAAUACUAUAAGUAUGCUCGAAAGCUGCUCCCCAUCAUCCGUCAAGCACAUGAUGAGCACGAGCUUGAUGAACUCCUCUCUGAGCAUCUCGAGGACAUGUGGCGCACAGGGCGUCCGUUGUACCAUGCAUCGGCAGGGCUCUGUGGACUACACUUCUUUAUGCCGUGGAGCAAGGGCAAAUUACCUCAGACUUGGAGGAUCUUCCGAAUUUGGCGGCGUCUAGAGGUGCCGUGUCGGGCGCCGCCUCUUCCACGGGAGCUGCUUCAGGCUUUCGCAGGCAAAGCCAUUGCUCGGGGAGACUUAGUUUUCGGGGCACUCCUCCUAACAGGCUUUGAUGGACUUCUCAGGACAGGUGAGCUUUUAGCACUAACUGGAGCAGACUUUCUCAUUCGUAACGACAUUGGACUGGUCCGACUGGCAGACACUAAGACCUCCAACGCCAAAGGAAUCUCUGAAGUGGUGACACUCAAGAACGAGUGGACUUUGAUGGUCUUGGACACCCUCCAGGAAUACCUCCGUGAAAAUUCCCUUCUUCAUGCCCGCUGCCAGAUCGGCGGCGUGCUGAUCCGCUCGGGCACGGUGCGGCGGCGUGACGAGGCGGAAGACUUGCUGGUUCACCUGCGGCACGCACAUGCGCUGAGCGGGAACCUGGAAGAGAGGCUUUUGGCCGCUACAGAGGCCCUCUCUGCGCUGGGCAAAUCCGUGACCUUUGCCGUGGUGACCUUGGACGCUCGUCGCUGGGUGGGGCAAACCUUGGAAUCUCCCAGUUCUCGGUUGGCGGAGGUAAGUGGCUACUUUGUUUGGGGCUUCUUUGUUUUGAAAAGCGCCAAGCAGAGGCCGCAGAGGCCGCAGGCUGGCCAAGCAUCCGGCAGCUUUGGAUGGAUGCUUGGCGCGGUGAUCGUUGACUCCGAGGCGGAGACCGUGCAACGCUUGGCGCGGCGCGGGGAUGCGGCGGAGACCCGGAAGCGGCUCCGCCAGGAAGCGGCUGGACGGCGUUUGGAGAGGUCUUACCUCUGGGCAAAGAAGCGCGCAGAGCGGCUGCUGGAGCGUGCGAUGGAACCAAGGUUGGUGGUCCCGAUUGCCGCAGGUUGA